UCCUGCGAAACGCGCAAAACCUUUGCUCGUUUAUUUUUAUUUUUAUAUAAUAAUUAUUGUUCCAACGAUCGAAUAACUUUCACCUCUACUGCGUAUUGUUGUUACUAAAAUCUAAACUCUGCGAAAUUCAAAUGUUUCAUUGGGAUCGAGACGUCCCUCGGUGGCAACUUUUAUUUAUGUAAUACCGAAGGCGGAUAGCCUGCUUGUGAACUGUUGGUGAACGUGGAGAUUUGGUUUUGCAGUUGUAAAUUGGACACUAAUAGUUUUCCGCUGACAACUAGUUACUGUCUGUGUCUUUAUUGCUGCGAUUUCCAAUACGUUUUCCAUUGCGGAUCGUGCGAUUUUCGGUCGUCGCAGCCGCCGUUGAAAGGAGAGAUGUGACCAAGGGCUCUCCACGUAUAUGGAACCUAUCGUGCAAAAUACUUUUCGCAUGUACUUACUGAAAGGAGGAAAGCCGAAAGAGAAAUAAGUUUCGUGUGUUGGUAGGACAGAUUGAUUGAAGAAGACAAAGAAAAAGGAAGAAAAAAGAGAAAAGACGGAAAACGGGCGACUGGCACGCCACGGUGUGUAACGUCGUGUAACUAAAACCGUCCCGGAUAGAAGAAAUAUAUAUUACACCUUUUCUCAGUUUUUUCUACUGCUUUCCCACUAAUAUCACUGUCCCCCAACCGAAAUCCAUGCGGACUUUCUUAAUUUCGCCUUCCGUUUGUUAGCCGUUAUUAAAUGGAAUUUAGUGAAAGGAUAUUGCGCUAACAAGAAGGUGAAACUCUGCGUUUCGGAAAUGAAACACGAAAAUGAAUCAUUAUAUAAAUUACCGGAAUGAAUUUGCAAUAAAAUUUUGACGAAAUCAGUAAAGGGAUGAAAACGCGAUGAGAUUCCCUAAAUGAGGCGAAACAUUACGAGGAAGUUACACAGAAUGCAUUGUUGAAGCGAAAGUUUAAAAGCUGUUAUAUGUUGAGAGCGGAGCGUAUCUAACUUGGAGGUUUUGAUUCCUUUUCCGUUACUUUCUGUUGUAAUUGGUAAACGCCGUAAGGAUAUCGUACGUGGAAUUUAAGUAAAUUGAUACAAUAAAAACUCGUUAAAUCGCUCGGAACGAACUAGUAUUUCGAAGUUUUUGGGAUAGUUCUAAGAAGCUACAAACCAAUACGGGAGGAUCCUGUGCGGUUGGUGUUUUAAGGUGGUGAAAGCGGCUAAAUAGUUCGAAUGUUGGAUUGGAAUAACAGUUAAGGCCGGAGCCUAGAUACUUAGGUGAUGAUGGGGCCAUGAGCCCAUCAUAUCCUCAAAUCAAUUGGAGUCGCAAGCGCGUCUCAAGCGGGCCUGCACCAUGCUAGCACCGCCGAACCCGAGGUCAAUAUGCGGCCAGGACCCGGGCUGGUCGUGAUGGCGCUUGCGUUUAUUUCGGGGGCUCGGCGUGGCAGCACCAGUCAACAACAACAUCAGCGACAACAACAAGAAUCAGAACAUCAACAUCAUCAGCAUCUGCAGCAGCAGCAACACGACCAACAUCAGUUACCAAUUUUUCCCAAUAUCUACGAUAAUUUCCGAGCGAAUUUCGUUAUCGAUAACAGUUACGAUAGUUAUAAUAAUAUCGACGAACGGAAUUUCGUGAAUUCAAACGGUUACGCUGCGGAAAACGAGAAUUUCGUGAGUUACAAUAAAUUGGGCAAAAUUGGUCACGAUAGCCAACAGGAAGAGGAGGAAGCCAGUUACGGUAUCGGUAGUGGCACUAGUGCAUUGGCUCGUGUUAAUCCGUGGCUGUCUGCUUGCGAUCUGGCGCAACCUAAUCAAGCACCUGAUCUCCAGGGUCAAUGUUCAGCUGGUACACUGCCUGUAGCAUGGGUAGAUGAGGGUCCUGGUCCGCCACGUUGUCCGCAAUCUUGCGAACAAUUACGUUUAGAAAAAGAAUUAUUCUUAAAAAAUAAUAAAAAUCGGAUUAAUGAUAAUAAAAAUAUGAAUAAUAAUAAAUUAUUAAGUAAUAGUAAUAAUAAAAAUAUAAACAAUAAUUUUAAUACUAUGAAUUAUAAAAAAAAUGGAAAUGAGCUGCCACAUCAGCAAACGAUGACAACAGAGCAACAACAGCAACAACAGAAGCAUCAACAGCAACAAGAACAACAGCAACAACAUCAGCAGCAGCAGCAGUACCAUCAGCAACAACCAAAACACCAACAACAGCAGCAAUCGCAGCAGCAACAACAACACCAGUGCCUUGACUAUUUGGGCGAUACCGAGGAGUCCAGUCCCGCGCAACUUUGCAAAAAGCCGCGCAACGUCUUAGCGCAAAAAUUACGCGUGUUACGUAUGAAACAUUGUUGUGAACGUACCGUGUUUAGUGCUCUACAUACGUUAGCCUUAAACGCCACCCUGAGCGGGGGCAGCGAAUGCAUACGGACACUAAACGACAUUUUGGAUAUGGAUGCGUUGGCGACGCGUAUCACAUGCGAAUUUAGCGAAAUUCUCGUGCGCUACGACUGCCGUCAAACCUAUUCGUUGAUACAUCAUUGUGAGGACUGUCGAGAAGCGUAUCGUCGAUGGGUAUGUAGUACACUAAUACCAUAUUUCGCCGAGCCGGAAGAUAUUCGGCAGAAAACGACAACAUCGAAUACGAUUAAUAAAACGGAAAAUCAUUCAGCGGCUAGUUCGAAUUUAUAUCAUGCGAGAACGAGUCGGAGUACAAGAAAUAUAUCGGAUACUGAUAACGAUAAUGCUAAUGAUAAUAAUAACGAUAAUUCGAAAAAGAUAUUAACUACUACUACUACUUCUUAUAAUAAUAGAAAACACGUCCAACGACGACGUACUAAUAGCGGGACAUCAUCGGAUAAUGUGUCCCAAUCCAUAUCGACUGCCAUAGCGAAUCCUAUCGUCAAGGAUCCGUUGUUAGACAGACUUUUAAAGAGAACGAAACGGAAAUCACAAGUCAAACGAAGAAGAAGGCUUCGACCAUGCCUUAGUGUUUGUCAAACAGUAGAGCAAAUAUGUCCGUAUUUGCUUCCUGCCGAUAGAGCGCCAGCCUAUCCAACGCAAUAUGCAGGAGAGCCCACGUUUCUAUGCUUAGACCACAACAUCCUCGAAACGGGGGAACAGCUACGAAAAUCAAAUAAUGGUCCACCAAAUUGUUGUUAUCGAUAUUGUGACACACCAGCUGAUGGAAUCUGUGCACACUGUGAUCUAUUUUAUUCAAAUCAGUCAAAUCGCACAGGAAACACUACAGCAUCUCAACACACCUCAACCUCACCCUCAGAAUCAUCAUCGGCGUUGCGCCAACAUCCGGAAAAUCUAGAUUUGAGUCGUUUGGUAGAGAUUGAUAAUAUCUACUACUACGAUGACUACGACGAUGCACCUUCCGAACCAGCAGCCAAUUGCCAAACUGUUCAAAGUACAACUCCUACGUCAUCUCAUCCAUGCACCAUACCCUACUAUGCAUCAUCGUCCAUUAAACUAGGUUCAACAUUAAUGUCGUAUCGAUUUUUCAUAUUUUGGACGAUUUUCUGGUGUUUAUUAGUUAACAUUUCAAUUCCAAUAAAUUACGAAUAUUGUAAUUGGACUAAUUAUAAAAAGCUUAACGUUUUGUUGUAUCAACAACAACAACAUGAAUAUGAGAUUGAUGAAAAUACACAGCAAAAACAACAACUAUUACAACAUGCUGCAACAACGAUGCGUGUCAGUCACAUAGUGAUGAGGUUAUAGUCAAUACAAAAACAAUGCGAUGAAGAUAGUAGUGUAAUAAUGAUUAGAAUUAUUAUUAUUUUAUUUCUUGAAAAAUAUCAGAUUGUACUGUUCUCAAAAUUGAAGCAAAAAAUUUAUAGUAUCUAGAGAAAAACAAAUUCUAUCUAAAACAAAAUAAAUAAGAACUAAUGAUGGAAGAUAUAUAACUAUUAGAUAACUUCGAAUGGAUUUUUAGAGAUGGACAGGAAGGCGGAUUAUGCAUUUCGUUUCGGUUCUGCUUAGGUAUAUAACUUAGGGAAAUAGAGCCGCAAUGUAUUGAGUGAUUAGAUGUUGAAAAGUGAUAAAUUUGAACAAUAAAAAUACGUAUUUUUUGCAGAUUACAGUGAGUUAAACUUGAUGCAUUCUUUCAUCGAAUCCAUAAUUAUUUUAAAAUUAUUAUAUUUCUGGGAAACAUACCAGUUAGGUAUAUUUAUGACGAUUUCCCCUUUCUGGUCCUGGUCCUGGACACGAGGCUAAAAACGAGCAGUAACAAAAAUAUGCAUCUAAACCCCUCAAUAUAUGCUCUAUUUCCAACUUCUCUUAUUUAAAACUAUUAGAUUUUCAUUGAAAUCAAACAUGCCUAUAAACAGAGUUUCCCGAAGUUGCUGCUGAAGCAAACUUUCUUUCGGAGAGAUAACAUUAAUAAAGUUAACUAAAAUGGUAGAUUUUAGCGCUAUUUCUUGUAAACGUUUCUAAUUGUUCCCAUCUAGUUUUAAUUGUUAUUUUCGUUAAAGAGCUAACCAAUCAGUUAUGAGAACUCAUCUUUAUCAAGCAUGUGCUAUUGUAUUUGACAUUAAUUUCCCAUCUUUCAAAUUCCUACGUUAAUUACAUGAAAUAAAGACACAACUUAGUAGGAGGGAAGGAAAUUCGAAUAAUUUACUGAUUCCGUCAAUUUUUACAACAAUUGCUGUUAAUUAUUCAUUUAAGCGCGCGAAAGAGUAAUAAUAGAAUAACAGAUGGUAAAACUCAAUACUUUUUUAUUUACCGAAAAGAAUUUUGUUCUACAGGGAUAAAUAUACAAAUUUCACACAAGCACUUUAUAGAUCAGGACUUGUUGAAGAUUAUGAACUUGUUUUCAAAAAUAAUUCAUUUUGAAGGAUAUGCUAUGAAUUUAUGUUAUAUUCUACAUAGAUUUAUUCGUUGUUUGUAAAUUUGAAUGUUAUCACUCGUAUGAACGUAAAAUGAAAUAUAACUUUAAAAUGAAUAAAAGAAAACUAAAGAAGUUUAGAGUUAAGAAAAUACACACCAUCUGAAUUAUAUAUGUAGUAGAUAAAAAAAUAGAUGAAAGAAAUAUUUUCAAUUCUCCUACUACAAAUAUAGUUUAUUUGAUAUAUUGAAUAAAAUGAAAUUAAUAAAUAUGAUUACUUAGGACAUAAUAAAAAUUAUUAAAUUUAAGAAAAUUUAGAUAAAAUCAAGAAACAAGGAAAAACAACUAAAAGCAGGAAAAUCACGAAUAUAAUGCACUGUUGGAAUUAUUCUAUGAACAACCAAAAAAAGUCAACUAAAAAUGAAUAUAAAAUGCAUCUAAAGAAUGAAAAUAAAGUGAAAAAACUGAAAAAUAAAUGAAAUUUAUGGAAACUAUUGUACUAAAAAGGAGAAGAAAAAGCUAUUUUGAAAAUGAAACCGUUCAUUUUGAUAAAGUAUUUAUUUCAGAAUUAUUUCUGUAGUUUCGAGGUGAGCACUUUACAUGUACAUGUGGCAUAUAAAGUUCUUUAUAUGUAUUAUUUAUUUUUUUACACUUUCUGUUAUGAAGUAAUUUACUAUCCCUAGAUAUAUAAUGAAAUAGUUUAUGAAAUCAUUUAGACUAAAAAUAGUAAUAUCAAAUUCACCGAAAUAAAUUUGAAAUUAUCGACGAAAUAAAAACAUAUUUCCCAACGAAAUUUGUCAUAACAGGAACACCAGAUUUUUAUAAAGAACAUUUCCGGUUGAUUUCAGUACUCAAUGCUUCCAAGUAGAAAACAUCAAGAAAUAUGUAUUUUAAUUUUGAAAGUAAUUCUUCAGCCAAAUUAAAUACUGUGUAAGUGGAAUAUAGGAUGAUAUCAUCCCAAUGGAGAAAGUGAAUAAUAGAAUAAAUUUUUCCAAUUAAAAUGGAAAUAUAGACGAGCAAAGAAAAAGAAAGACCUUUAAUACUGCCAACCUAGUUCAUAAAUGAAAAAGUAAAAUGAUUAUAGAUUUCAGAAAAUAAGAUAAAAUAUUUAUAACGGAUUGUGGUUAAACAAAAAAAAAAUAAAAUAGGUUCUUGGUUUUAAAGUUAAAUAAUAAUUUUGGAAAUUUGUUAGAAUGACUGGUAAUUUUUAUUUAUUUUUUAUUGCUGUUUUAUUCGAUACAAUUAUUUUAUAUUAAUUGCAAAUUAUGCGAACUAAAACAGCCAUAAGUUUUAUGGAAUCAAAUCAAUGAGCUUUUGAGCAUUCUAUUUUACUAAAAUGGCUUAUGCUUAAAAUGCUUAUCUGCUCAAUUAAGCACUCCUGAAAUUCCAACAGAAUUCCCCGAGCCCGAAAAAUAAACGAAAAUAAUUAUACAUAUCCUCAAAGAAGAGAAUUAAAAGAUAUAAAUUUACUAAAAUCGUGCAAAAAUCAACGAAAAAAUUUUAUGAAUGGAACUGCAUAAUUUGUUUAUACCAAAAAGAUUUUGUAAUAUUAAUUUUGUAUACAACAAGCCUCAUCAAAUCUCAAUAGCAAAUUAGUCAAGUCAAUGGGCUUUUACUGACACUGUGGCUUUUGAAUUCCGAUAUACUUAAUUAAGGGACGUACCAUUUAUCAGUCCCAUAAGACUCUUCUUAGUAAGCUCCAAAAAAAAUUUGCGAGAGCUUUGGUCCAUAUCGUCCCCAGCAGCACUCUAGACGGUGCCAUUUCUUAUGAAUUCGCCCAGUAUAGUUUUCUCAGCCUUCCUUUCUGAAUGUCAUGGUCAGAAGCCUUUCCCGAUGGAUUCUUGUCAAUAAAAUGCCGUUUCUUCUCCCUUUACGGUUAAUCUAGUUAAUCUGUUGCUCAUUGCCUUUUAACCCAAUAUGCCGUGGAAUCCACAAUACCCAUGACCUACUGUACGAGCCAAAAGCAUAGGGUAGUUUCGACUGGUUAUCCUGCUCGGUAAGCCAAUUGGCAUGGAUGGAAAGUAUUAGGAUUUACAACGUUAGUGCUAAUGUUCUCAUCCAGGACAUUCUCCACUGUUUUCAGUAAGGAGGCCGUCUGAAAUAUUUAGAAUGAAAACGACAUUUUCUGCCUUUAAUGCAACAUUCUCGUAUUCGGCGAUAAAAUCCAGAUUCAAUAUAAAUACUCCGGAGCAUUUAAUUGAGAAGUCCUAAAUAUGUGCAUCUCUUUGCAUUAGUCAUUGGUUUCGAGGCAAAAAGAUCAGAAGAAUGAUAUAUAAAUUGUGGAGUCUAAAAAGUAAGGAUUAUGAUAAAGGAAAUUUGCAGGCAUUUUUCCAUUUGGAAAGUAACAGUACUAUGUACUGCACAAAAAUAUUCAUCUCACUAGUGCUUCUCCACAGUAGGCAUGCAUUCCAUUACAGUUGUUGAAAAUUAUAGUGUACGCCAGCUCCAGUCUUUUGCGUACGAGUUUGUAACGGUAAGAGGAUAGCUUCUGCAAAAGUACCUUUCGGUCUGAUAUGUCCCAAACUCCAAGAUUGCUUGUUAAGAUUUCGAUUUCGAAAUUCUUUGCAUUAAUAUCCUGCCAGCUAUCGUUAUUGGGGCUAGCCACUGAAUGCGACCGAAAUUCCCCAUAAUAUUUGCCAGAAGAUACCUUUUGAUCAGCUUUUUUAUCGUAUCAUGUUGGAUUGUUUCAAGACAGGAAUCGUCUUUACUGGGUUGCACAUUAGGCCAAGCGCAGCAAUCGCUUAGCUUUGCGGUAUCUCAUAUAGUGCAGCCUCCUUGGAUCCGAACGGUUCCGCCCGAAAAGUUGACCAUUUACGCUGAUUAAAGCUGCUGGACUCCAAUAUUUUAAUCGUCUGUUUGAUCAAAAUCUUAGUCCCUUGCCUAGUCUCGGCUACAUUCAGUAGCCGGCUGAAAUAAAAAUCAUUUAUUUGUCUUCCUGCUGCAAACAGAUAUCUCACUUUUUCAUCCCUUGUCAGUUGAUGCAGAGUUCAGACGGCCAAGCAUGCAGAAGGCGUUUCGUUAAAAAAACUGCGGUUAGAAGGUACUCCUAAAUUGACAUACGAUUUAGUAGUCUGUUCAAGCCAAUGACUAAAUUCUGGUCAUCCAGAACAUCUUCUAGUAUGAACUAAAACUACUAUCCUCCUGCAACUUAGAUUAGCAGGCAUCGCACGCUUCCAGAUGAUAGGGUGGGAUCACUUGCCGCAUAGCGCCUCGAUAGAUAUUCUCUUGAAACGUUUUAGGAUAUGUUUAUCGAAAACCAGGAUUUUGAACCAGUUAGCUGCUUAAAAUAAACUAAUGUACUAUUUCUGAGUUCCUCAGUUAAAAAAAAUUGAGAUUUCCUUUAAACAGCAACAUGACGGCAUAUCUCCCACUACUGCACUUGAGUAAAUGAUUUCACAUUCGUUCACUGACAGCUGGCCAUUCUGUGUGUCAUCGGUCUCGAACAAACAUUUAAGAGCUCUGAGGAAGUCGUCUACCAUGGAACUAUUUCACACAAAAUUCUGGUCUUUAGAGGAGUCAAGCCGUACUCCAGAACCACCAGAGAUUUUCCCUUUUUUAGACAACGCUUAAUAGUCUCACAGACUUCCAAACCUAGUAUGAUAUAGGUAUAAAAUUUUCUGUUAGAUUCUAGAUUGAUUAGUUCAAGCUAAGAAACCUAGUUUGACAAUGCUUUCGUUUGGAAGCAGCGUGAACAACGAACUCAAUACAUAUGCUUCCAACAUUAGUUUGUAAUUCCAUUGAAAAUUUUGUGAUACAGCGAUAUUUACCAACUUUCGUAUUUUUGCGGCAUGUACACUACCGAUUUCCCAUAUCAAUAACAAGGUGUUCCUUUUUUAAACCACACCUGUUCGCAGGCUCCGUUUAUAGCAACGAAUCUUGCUAUUACAUUUUCUCGAUUGUGUAGUUUUUUCUACUUCACCAUCUACGACCAUUUACAACUGACCGUCGUCCGGCAAACAAAGAGUGAAUAGUCCCUCUUGCAAAGUUUACCGACUGCAGAAACUCCUUAGUAGCUUCUAAGGAUUAUUCUAAACAAAGUCUUCCUAUCCAAUUGCUCCAAUGCUUGUUGUAAAUCCCAUCUUGCUCAAACCGCCAGCAUAGCUUCUUUUAUAUAGAUAAUCGCGUCCAAAUAUUUGCUGGCUGCCUGCCAAUCGUUGCCAAAUCGUCCCUGCAGGAUUAAAAUUGCAGAAUAGUAGUAAUUUCUGCUUAACUGCAGAUGCGACACAGCCUCUAACCGGCCUGCGAGGGAUUAUAUUCAACAUAUUUAGUGAGAAAUGAGCAUAUUAUUGUAACUUGUACAGGUGAUAACCACAUCCUUUGAGCUAGGACAAAUGUUAACAAAUUGAAUUUAGCAAUAAUGGCAUGGGAUCAUUUUAGCAAUUGACUAAUCAAAUUCAUGACUAUUUUAAUUAAACGCCGUUCUAAGCUUAUAGCGUACUGUUACGGUCUUGAAUGAUGUACUCUAGCACGCUUCAAGACCCCGACUAAAAAACAAAAAAAAAACAGUAAGCUCCUUUAUGCUGCUAUAU